AUGAACUCAACUUCCUCUUUCAACAACAAAUUUUUCAGUUAUCAGCAGGAUCUGUGUCACCCAGAGUUAGGCUUUUUCACUCCCAGCUCCCUGCAAAGAAACAGGAGUGUUAAUUCCGACAAGCCUCCAGGGGAUUUUAACUCCACGGCUUACCUUGAUGAAUAUACUGAAAUAUUCAAGAUGGGUAGCAACAGUACCAGCAAUGCUGAGACUGACUGCAGUGCUAUUAAUGUGACAUUUCAGAACUCCCUUUAUGCAACUACCUACAUCCUCAUAUUCAUCCCUGGUCUUUUGACCAAUACUGCAGCCUUGUGGGUUCUGUGCCGCUUCAUCAGCAAGAAAAAUAAAGCCAUCAUUUUCAUGAUCAAUCUCUCUGUGGCUGAUCUCGCUCACGUGCUGUCCUUACCUCUCCGGAUUUACUAUUACAUCAGCCACCACUGGCCUUUCCCAAAGGCCCUUUGCUUGCUGUGCUUCUACCUGAAGUAUCUCAACAUGUAUGCCAGCAUUUGUUUCUUGACAUGCAUCAGCCUUCAGAGAUGUUUCUUUCUCCUCCAGCCCUUUAGGGCCAGAGACUGGAAGCGUAGGUAUGACGUAGGCAUCAGUGCUGCCAUAUGGAUCAUCGUGGGAACUGCCUGCUUACCAUUUCCCCUUCUGAGAAGCACCUACUCAUCCAACAACAAUCAGUCCUGUUUUGCUGAUCUUGGUUACAAGAAAAUGAAUACAGUGGCUUUGGUUGGAAUGAUUACAGUUGCUGAACUUGCAGGAUUUGUGGUCCCAGUAGUUAUCAUCGCAUGGUGUACCUGGAAAACUACUAUAUCCUUGAGGCAGCCACCAAUGGCUUUCCAAGGAAUCAGUGAGAGGCAGAAAGCACUGCGGAUGGUUUUUAUGUGUGCUGCAGUCUUUUUCAUCUGCUUCACUCCUUAUCAUAUUAACUUUUUUUUUUACACGAUGGUGAAGGAAACCAUCAUUAGCAGUUGUCCCAUUGUAAAAAGCACACUGUAUUUCCACCCCUUUUGUCUAUGCCUUGCAAGUCUCUGUUGUCUUUUGGAUCCAAUUCUCUAUUAUUUCAUGGCCUCAGAGUUUCGUGACCAACUAUCUCGCCAUGGCAACUCUGUGACCCGUUCCCGCCUUAUGAGCAGGGAGAGUGGUUCAUCAAUGAUUAGCUAAAAAUAAAAUAAUUCUUCAGUUGUGACUUUAA